AUGUCGACAUCAAACAAAAAGCCGUACUUUCUGACCAUGUGUUUAAAGCUACCAGCACUUUUCAGGCGGAAGCCUGCAGGUUAUCCUCCGCCGCCCUUACUUCAAUUGCCACCAGAAUUGAUCCUAACGAUAUGCGACCACCUCGCCACGGACCCUGCAUCCCGCUGCAGCCUUGCCAUGGCAUGCAAGUACCUUUUUGCUGUUCUAUCUCGCAACGGGAAGCCACCUCCACUAGAAAUGGGAAGUCGAAAUUCCUUCCUCUCUCUUCUCGAGCGAGACCUCGGCGAACGAUUCUACCUCUGUUGCAGUUGUUCAAAGCUGCGUCGCUUCGACAAAUCGUGGGGACCAACACGUCCUGACAGAAGCUGCGCCGCAAAGUCCAACUCUGUUUUUUCCGAAGGAAACUACCGCCUCGGCUACCACCAUGUGCGCCUUGUGAUGAAUUAUCACAGAUCUGGUGGGACCAAGGGUAUCCCUCCCAAGAAUCUGAACCAGACGGCGUGGGUCCAAACGUUCGACAUAUUUAAGCGCAGGCCCGGUGGCCUCUGGUGCCAGACGUGGUCGGCACUGGUCAUUAGCAACGAGCUGUUCCUCAGUGUCCAGCACACGCUACAGGCCCGCACCGACAAGCAACUUCGACAGGCACUAGCCACAAGCUCUUAUGCAAUCUGCCCGCACAUAGACAUUAAUCAGAUGCCAGGAAGCCGCCCGUGGGGCCUGCGUCCGGCUCCUCUGGAGGAUAGAGACCUCGAGGCAUGCUGGGAAUUCCCAGGCUCUUGUUCAAGAUGCUUGACGGAUUACAUCCUGACUAUCGAGAGACCUCAGGCCUCUGCGGGGCAUUCAAAGCGUGGGGGAUGUCGCAUUUCUAUUACCUCGUUCCACCAGCUCGGUGAUGGCAUGUCACCGGACGACUGGAAGUGGGAGGCAUACAGGGGUUCACGUCCUACUAGCGGUCCAGUUCGCGACGUCCAGGAAUGUCCAGCAGGUUUGAUCAUGGAGACAUGGAACUCCGGGCAUCCGUAA